AGGGAUUGAAAAAAAAGAAAAAAAGAAAAAAAAAAAGUCAACGUCUGCACUCUGCUAGUAGUCCCUAGCCACCAAACUGUAUUAAUUGUAUUGGUGGGAAAAAAUUAAACUACGGCACCUUGUCAGAUUUGAAAGAGAAGUACUUUUCAUUGAAACAUUUUGGCUAGCGUUGCAAAGCUCCUGUUUGUCAAGAAUGGAGGAGAAGCCCCAAAUCCAGAUCCCAAGAGUGAAACUUGGCAGUCAGGGAUUGGAGAUUUCUAGAUUGGGCUUUGGAUGUGCGGGGCUGUCAGGAGCAUACAACACUCCUCACUCUCAUGAAUAUGGUUGUUCAGUUAUCAAGGAAGUAUUCAAUAGGGGUAUCACCCUCUUUGACACAUCAGAUCUCUAUGGAGAUAAUCAUGAUAAUGAAAUUAUGGUUGGCAAGGCUUUGAAGCAGCUUCCUCGGGAUAAAAUUCAACUGGCUACAAAAUUUGGAGUCACUCUAUUAGGGGAGGGUAAAUAUGGGGCAAAGGGCACUCCUGAAUAUGUCAGGAAAUGCUGUGAAGCUAGUCUUAAACGGCUUGAUGUAGGCUACAUUGAUCUUUUCUAUCAGCAUCGUGUUGACCUUUCAGUGCCAAUUGAGGAUACUAUGGGAGAGCUCAAGAAGCUGGUGGACGAAGGAAAGAUAAAGUACAUUGGGUUAUCAGAAGCUAGUGUAGACACAAUAAGGAGAGCUCAUGCAGUUCAUCCCAUCACUGCCUUACAGAUGGAGUAUUCUGUGUGGACCCGUGAAAUUGAAGAUGAGAUAAUUCCACUUUGCCGGGAGCUUGGUAUUGGGAUAGUGGCAUAUAGUCCUCUUGGUCGUGGGUUCUUUGGUGGCAAGGGAGCUGUUGAGAGCUUACCCACUGGUAGUUUGUUGGUUUAUCAUCCAAGGUUCAAUGAUGAGAAUUUGGAUAGAAACAAACUUCUUUAUAGCAAAUUUUCUAAUCUGGCUGCAAAGCAUGCCUGCACCACUCCUCAACUAGCUUUGGCAUGGCUUCUCCAUCAGGGAAUUGACAUAAUCCCUAUCCCUGGGACAACUAAAGUUAGGAACCUUGAUAACAACAUUGGUUCAUUGGCUGUAAAGCUUACAAAAGACGAUUUGAAAGAAAUUCAUGAUGCUGUACCCAUUGGUGAAGUUAGUGGACAACGAGAAUAUGACAUAUUUUCUCAAUAUGUUUGGAAGUCUGCAAAUACCCCACCAAAGUAAUUGCAAAUUAUGAACAAACGAAGUGGAUCCUUCUAUGUAAAUGUUCUUUUUUUAUUUUCUUACUAUAUUGCUUUUUCUGGAAUAAUGAUUGGGUGAAAAAGUCAAUGUCUUGCUGAUAUGAUGAGAGAAGGAAUUUUCUUCAGAGAAUUGUGGAUGAGUGAUGAACGAAUUAUGUACGUAUUAUCAUUUUCAUGUUGAAAUCUUGGCGUGUACUUGUAGGAAA